CCGGAAGAGAAGUGCAAGAUGGCAGUCGGAGCUGUGAAGAUUGAAGCAGAUGCUUAUAUGGUUUGUUUGACUCACGCUCUAUCGACUGAAAGGGAAGAAGUUAUGGGCUUGUUAAUCGGAGAGGUUGAGGAUGAGAGAGUAGCUCAUAUUUAUUCAGUUAUCAUGCUUCAGAGACUGGACAAGCGGAAAGAUCGGGUGGAGAUUUCUCCAGAACAAUUGUCAGAUGCCUCAACACAGGCAGAGAGGCUUGGUAUGUUGACGUCAAAACAGCGACCAAUGAGGGUGAUUGGUUGGUAUCAUUCUCAUCCUCACAUUACAGUUUGGCCAUCACAUGUUGACCUACGGACUCAGGCCUCUUACCAAUUUAUGGAUGCAGGAUUUGUUGGCCUUAUCUUCUCUUGUUUCAACACCGAUACAAAUUUGGGUGGCCAUUUAAAAGUGUAUUGUUUUCAGUCAGUGAACAUCAAGCCUGAGGGGAGUCCUCCACAAUAUCAGCGAGCUGACAUUGAGCUUCAAAUAGUUCAUACAGAGGUUUUGUCAAAGGCUACUUUAAACAGCUUGUCAGAACUGCCACAAAUACUAUCAAAGGAAGAAGAAGAGGCAUAUAGUAAAACUUUGAACUCUAAGGAUUUAUUAACAGCAGUUCAUAAUAGUACAGUUUUUACCAAGGCUUUGUGUCAGCUCAUGGAGGUUAUGUGUGGACCUCUUCUUCAAACUCUGGAGAACAGAUUACAGGUGAAUCUCAAAAGAACAGCUGCGCUGGAAACCGAGAAAGAGACGUUGGAGAAAGAGAUAAACAGUGUGAAGGCGGAAUUACAGGGAUCAAUGUGAGAGAGGGAGACAGCUGAGCUAUUUAUAACAAAGAUUAUAGCUGAAAAUAAGCUUAAAGAGAACUCGGUCACUUCAGAAAGACUGAGAUGCGAGAUAGGGUAAAGAUAUGGCGAACGUCUUCUUGUGGAGAAAUAAAAAUAUCCCCCCUUCCUUUUACCCCUGCGAGAGUCAGAGAAAGUGUGGAGAUUGGAACCGAAAGUGCGUGGGGAUGACGUGUGCCUGAAGGAACCAUUGAGACACUCUUGGAUUAAUUGUUCCUAGUGCUCAUGUCGGAGGUACAGAUUUUGAAAGCAUGAAAUUUUUGUGGCUUUUUUUCCCAAAGACAUAUCUUUCAAGUCAAGUGUGAGGAGACUCGUGCUUUAUUUAGAAGAACCUUGAUGCUGAUACUCUGAUGUGUCGUGAGUUUAACCCUUCAACUCCCAGACAUUCUCAACAUGUAUAACUUCUCCCUACAAUAUCCAUACAUUAUCCCGCGAAAAUGUAAUGAGAAUAUUCAAACUUAUCAGGCAGAAGUUGCUAUUUUGAUCAAACAGCAAAUUCUUGUCACUAAUUUACAAGGAAAUGUGUAGCAGCUCGAGGGGAGAAUUGACAAUCAUAUCUUUGGAGUUAAAGGGUUAAAACACUCUAGGUAUGAUAUUUCUUUGUUUUAAAAGAAGUGUUUGGUUUUACCUCAAAUGUUACAUAUCGGUUGAUCUGUCUAAAUCUUUUUCCAUGGAGUGCCAACAAAUUUGAUCUCGAGAAAAAAUUUUUAAUUAAAAGUAAAUUUCAGAGACACCGCUUCUCGAAGAAAAAAAUGCUUCCACGAUUGGUACAUAUACUUACACAAACUUAAUUUAAACACGAAAUUUGAGUGUAGCUACAAAAGUUAUGUCUUCG